CUCUCUCGGUUUCACUUCUUAUUCUCUCUCUCUCUCUCUGCUCUCUCUUACAUCACAUUCACUCUCUCUUUCUCUGGUUCUCAUAAAUCCACCAGCAUGAAUGUCACUCUCACUUCACACACCUUCUUCACCCUGAGCUCUGAAGUCUGAACUUCAUUAUCCCCCUGUUAAACUCCACUGUUCAUGCCACUUUUCUUGCAUAAAGCUCAAAUUUUGAGAUCUGGGGCACCUAGGGUUUUGUGCUGAGAGCUUGUUCAAUUAGGGCUUUUUUGUGUUGUGGGGUUGAAGGGUUCUCAUUUUCCAGGAUGAUGCUUGAUUUGAAUGUGGUAAAGGCUGUUGCUUGGUGCUGAGGAUCCCUUGUCAUAUGAAAACCAUAAGGGUUGGGUAUUGCAUUGGAAAUGGCUUUGGAUGAUGAUUUCGUGUAGCUGAGCUAAGCUUUGUUUCUUGCUCCAAUUUUGGAACUUUUUGGGAGGGUGGUGGGUGGGGGGGCGGGGUGGAGUGUGUUACUGUUAUGUACUUUUGUGCUAUGAGAUAUCAGAAUAUGAAUGGGUUGUGAUUCAAUGAAGCUAAACUAAUUGUUGAAUGCUAUUGGACUUGGGGUUGAAAAGGGUGGAGGGUUUUUGUUUUUAGUAGCUUGGAACUUUAACCGUAGCUGAAAGCAUGAAGCUUUCUUCCUCUGGGUUUAAUCAACCAGCUGAAGAAGAAGGGGAGAAGAAAACUUUGAAUUCUGAACUAUGGCAUGCAUGUGCUGGUCCUCUGGUUUCUCUACCACCGGUUGGAAGUCGUGUAGUAUACUUUCCUCAAGGUCACAGCGAACAGGUAGCUGCUUCGACCAACAGGGAAGCAGAUGCACAUAUUCCGAAUUACCCUAACCUGCCGCCCCAGCUUAUCUGUCAGCUCCACAACGUGACGAUGCAUGCUGAUGCUGAAACAGAUGAAGUAUAUGCUCAGAUGACUCUGCAACCUCUAAGUCCACAAGAACAAAAGGAUGUGUAUCUACUUCCGGCCGAAUUGGGUACUCCCAGCAAACAACCAACCAACUACUUCUGUAAGACAUUAACUGCUAGUGAUACCAGCACUCACGGAGGAUUUUCUGUUCCUCGAAGAGCAGCUGAAAAAGUCUUUCCUCCUCUUGACUACACACAGCAGCCUCCUGCUCAAGAACUGAUUGCUAGAGAUCUUCAUGAUAAUGAAUGGAAAUUCAGACAUAUAUUUCGAGGUCAGCCGAAAAGGCAUCUUCUUACUACUGGGUGGAGUGUCUUUGUCAGUGCUAAGAGGCUUGUUGCUGGUGAUUCUGUCCUUUUCAUAUGGAAUGAAAAAAAUCAAUUACUUUUGGGUAUACGGAGAGCAAAUCGUCCGCAGACCGUCAUGCCAUCAUCAGUUCUGUCAAGUGAUAGCAUGCACAUUGGUCUCCUCGCUGCUGCAGCUCAUGCAGCUGCCACAAACAGCCGUUUUACUAUAUUUUAUAAUCCUAGGGCAAGCCCAUCUGAAUUUGUCAUUCCCUUGACCAAGUAUGUUAAAGCAGUAUAUCAUACACGAGUAUCUGUUGGUAUGCGGUUUAGGAUGCUCUUCGAGACAGAAGAGUCAAGUGUCCGUCGAUAUAUGGGUACUAUAACAGGCAUUAGUGAUUUAGAUUCAGUCCGCUGGCCAAAUUCACACUGGCGUUCUGUGAAGGUUGGUUGGGAUGAGUCUACUGCAGGAGAUAGGCAACCAAGAGUCUCCUUGUGGGAGAUUGAGCCUUUGACAACAUUCCCAAUGUAUCCAUCUCCAUUCCCCUUGAGGUUGAGGCGUCCUUGGCCAUCUGGACUACCUUCUUUAUACGGUCUCAAGGAUGGUGGUGACAUGGGCAUUAAUUCUCCUUUCAUGUGGCUCCAAAGUGGGCUUGGGGAUCAAGGAAUGCAAUCAUUGAACUUCCAGGGGCUCGGUGUUACACCGUGGUUGCAACCGAGAUUUGAUGCUUCCAUGCCAGGACUCCAACCGGAGUUAUACCAAGCAAUGACUUCUGCUGCAUUCCAGGAAAUGAGGACGAUGGAUCCUUCAAAACCUUCAUCCCAAUCUCUGUUGCAGUUUCAGCAGCCUUCAAAUGUUCCUUCUGCUUUUGCAUCUGAGUUACAGAGACAAGUGUUACCACAGUCUCAGCCCCAAAACACUCUUCUACAAAAUUUUCAAGAACAUCAAACUCCUGCACCGUCACAGAUUUCACCACAGCAGUUGCAUCGUUACCACCCAUAUAGCGAUCAGCGGCAACAGCAGCAGCAACUAAAAACUGUGCCUGUUCAGCAGCAGUUACAGAAUUUAGUCUCUCCUUUGUCUAAUUUUGCAUCAGCUACACAACCUCAAUCUCCAUCCUUGCAAGCCCUUGCUUCACAUUGCCAGCAGCAGAGCUUUCCCGAGCCAAUCAGGAAUCAUGUUUCAAGCUCUGAUGUUUCCCCUAUGCAAAGUCUACUAGGCUCAUUCUCUCAGGAUGGAGCAUCACAGUUACUUAACCGGAACGGACUGAACUCUGUCAUGUCUUCUGGAGCCUUACUACCGAAGCAAAUAACCAUUGAAUCUCAGGUACCAUCAGCUGGUGCUCAGUGUGUAUUGCCUCAGGUGGAAAAUUUGGGAACAUCACAAUCAAAUGUGUCCGAACUUACCGCUUUGCCUCCGUUUCCUGGAAGAGAACAUUCUGCAUAUCAAGGUGCAGCUGAUCCUCAUAGCAAUCUUUUGUUUGGGAUAAACAUAGAUCCUUCUUCUCUUAUGCUGCAAAAUGGCAUGCAAAACCUUAGAAAUCUAGGCAACGUGAAUGAUUCAUUGUCAAUGACGUUUUCUGCUCCAAAUUGUGGUGGUGCUAAUGCUCCUGGCUCCGAUUUCCCCCUAAGUUCAAACGUAACAACUUCAAGUUGUGUCGAUGAAUCGGGAUUCUUGCAGUCUUCCGAAAAUGUAGACCAAUCCAAUACUCCAACUGGAACCUUUGUCAAGGUUCACAAGUCAAGGUCCUUAGGCAGGUCACUGGACAUUUCGAAGUUCAGCAGCUAUGACGAGCUGCGCAGUGAACUUGCUCGGUUAUUUGGCCUCGAAGGCCAACUAGAGGAUCCUCAGAGAUCAGGCUGGCAGCUUGUAUUUGUUGACCGGGAGAAUGACAUUCUCCUUCUUGGUGAUGAUCCCUGGCAGGAGUUUGUGAACAGUGUAUGGUCCAUUAAGAUACUAUCUCCACUUGAAGUUCAACAAAUGGGGAAAGGUGUUGUUCCUUCUACUUCUGCCCCUUCAGCUCAAAAGCUUUCUUCUACUGCUACUACCAAUUCUUGUGACAAUAAUUAUGGUGUUGGUAAACAAGAGUUGAGAAGUUCCAGCAAUGGUAUGGCAUCAAUGGGGUCCCUUCACUAUUAGCACAUUCUCUACUUCUAAUAGAAUAUAUUACAUUAGUUUAUGAAUAUUAUUAUGGUGGCAGAAUAUAUAUAUAUAUAUAUAUAUAUAUAUAUAUAUAUAUAUAUAUAUAUAUAUUUUUUUUUUUCUUUUAUGUUACCUGUUUUUUUUCUUGUAUGGACAAGCACAAUAUUCAUAUACAAAUGAAACAUGAAUGGUUGAGGUGUAUUAUUGCUUCUGAAGUGCCUAAUACAGAUCAAUAGCAAAUGACUGUAAAUUAUAGUAGGUGAAUGAAACAUGUUCCUGUAAUGGUUAGUUCCUUAUAGCAGUUACUAUUAUUAUUAUCAUCA